AUGUCGAAAUUGAUCGGUCGCAGAAACGCCUUUCUCGCCCAAGUGAAGUGGGAGCUCGCCGCAGCGGAGAAGCUUCGCGAGCGGAAGGCAUCGUAUGGAGAAGCAACCGAUCGAUUGCAGCAGCUAGCGGAGCUCGCUAAAAACUUCCGGCAAACGCAGAAUGAAAUCGAGGAGGAGCAAACCGACCCGGAAGCGAUUGCGUCGGUGUUCAAUUUCCGGGAAGAGUUUUUUUCGUGCUACUAUCGAGCGAAAGACAUCAUCGAAUCCUAUGCAAGCGAAUUCAGGAACAGCGGUCAGGACGAAGACGAAUUUUCAAAUCCCAGUGACAGGACGAUGGCUGGUUCGUGUAAGGACCUUCGUGAAGCGAUGCAGAUGCUGCUAGAGACACAGCGGGCACUGCUGCUGAGCCAGUCGGCGGCGAGCAGAAACGUAAUGCAGAUGAGGGACAGCAUGCAUCAAGCUGGAGGAGACGAACAGGUGCUGAAUCGUGCACCCCUGAAUGUAAAGCUUCCUACGAUCAGUGUGCCGGUGUUUCAUGGAGAUCGAAAGUCUUGGAUAUCGUUCAAGGACAUCUUCGAGACCACGAUCCACAGUCGAACGGAUAUACGGGAUUCGGUGAAAAUGCAGUACUUGGUAUCAUUCCUGGACGGUGACGCUAAACGACUAGUCAGCUCGUUUCCGAUAUCGGAUGCCAAUUACGCUGAAGCAUGGACAACACUGACAAACUUCUACGACAAGAAAAAGUUCACUGUUUUCGCUCUUGUCCGCGAGUUUGUAGACCAGGCAGAGAUUCGCAGCGUUACUCCCGUCAAUCUGCGCAAACUUGUCACCACUUCUGACGAGGUGGCCCGGCAGCUCAAUGCAUUGGGGGAAGAGUUCAAUACUCGUGAUCCGUGGCUUAUCCACAUUCUACUGGAGAAGUUGGACGGUGAAACGCGAUCUCUAUGGGCGCAGAAGAUCGUUGAAGAGGAGAACCCUACCUUCGAGGAUUUCCUGAAGUUUUUGGACGAUCGAUGCGACGCGUUGGAGACUUGUACAGCAUUCAGCAAGAAGACAGUAGCGGUAGCGGAUGAGGCGAAGAAAGGAGCAGUGAAGAAAUCGACCCAGUCGGAGAAGAAAGUGCAGGCGCUACAUGCCGCAACUGAAGUGAAAAAGUGCGCGAAAUGCUCUAGUGAGCAUCCGAUCCAUACGUGCGAUGAAUUCAAAAAACUAAAUGUGCAGUGCAGACGUGAGUUCGCACAGAAAGCAAGACUAUGCUACAACUGUUUGCGUUCAUCACAUUCGGUAAAAGUGUGUACAUCAAAAUCAGUGUGCCAUAACGGAGACUGCAAGCAACGCCACCAUACACUUCUUUGCCCUAAGGAGGUGGUGGUGCAGAACCAACCCGCCGAUCGAUCCAGCGACGUGCAACCCCAGCCGCAGCAAACUGUGGCACGAAGAGAAGAUGCUAUCAGCUCAAUGGUGGCGCAAGUUCCAAGGGUACCGGCACCCAAAGUGUCAGUUCUACCAACGGCGAUGAUUUGUGUCAGAGCAUCGGAUGGCAAGUUCAUGAAGGUUCGCGCUUUAAUCGAUUCGGGAUCGGAGGCAUCGCUGAUCACGGAAGCCACUGUCAACAAACUACGUUUGCCACGGUCCAACGCAAAGUUUGUGGUUUCCGGACUGGGCCAACAACAAGCAGGAACAACUCGCGGAUUGGUGGAGCUGGUUAUAGCAAACCGGUUCCGAGAAGAGGUGAUCCUGAAUACCAAGGCCUUCGUGAUGAACAAGCUCACGUCGACGUUGCCAUCGCAACACCUGUGUUUGGAGUCGAGUAUCCUCACCGAUGAAGUGCAGCAGAACCUAGCCGACCCGGAGUUCAACCGGCCGGGUCCGAUCGACGUCGUUUUGGGUUCCGACGUGUUUUUGCUUAUCCUCAAGGCUGGUCAGGUGCGAAACAGUUCCCGUGUUCCAGUCGCUCAAAAUACAAUCUUUGGGCUUGUCGUGUCCGGCAAUCAAGCUGUCUAUACGACCGGCAUACAGGGCAACUUCUCGAUCGUUAAUUUGCACACGGAGUUGGACAUCAAUCAAUCGUUGCGUCAAUUUUGGGAGCAGGAGGAGGUUCCUAAGCCACAGCAGCUUACUCCUUCUGAACAAACAGCAGUUGCCUACUUCCGGUCCACCGUGUCACGAGAUGAGAUGGGACGCUUCAUCGUGCGACUUCCGUUCGACGAUUCCAAGCCGGCGCUGGGUGAAUCGUUCACCGCAGCAAUGAAACGAUUGAGAACGAUGGAAAGGCGCUUCCAACGGGAGCCCGAGUUUGGUAAGCAGUACUUGGAUUUCAUUCGCGAGUACCAAGCUCUGAAUCAUAUGGAGGAGAUACCUGCUGGUGAGCUUAACGUGGAGGACAGCAAAUGCUAUUACCUCCCCCACCACGCCGUGGUGAAGGCAGAGAGUUCCACUACUAAACUUCGUGUCGUUUUCGACGCCUCGUGUGCGUCGGGAUCGGGAGCGUCCCUCAACGACCGAUUGCUGACGGGACCCAAUGUGAAUUAG